CUCCAAAGCUCUCAGAAUCAUCCAGACAUCUCUCGACCGCGUAAUCGCCUUUCAUGAAUACCUUCGCCUCGAGGAGACCAUUGCUGAGAACAAAAUUCACCACAGCAUUAGCCGCACUCACCUUAACCAACGCUAUGCAUAUCCAAUCGAUCCCCAUGUGGGUGGGUAGUAGUAACAACUACGCCUACCUGGUCAAGGAUGACAAGACCAAUGACGCCGUCAUCAUCGACCCGGCCAACCCGCCCGAGGUGACUCCGGUGCUGCAGAAGGCCAUCAAGGCCGGCGAGAUCAACCUCACGGCCAUCGUCAACACGCACCACCAUUGGGACCACGCAGGCGGAAACAAGCAGCUCCAAGGCGACCUCGGCCUGGAGAAGCUGCCCGUCAUCGGCGGCAAGAACUGCGACGGCGUUACCAGGACGCCGGGCCACGGCGAGUCGUUUAACAUCGGCAGCAUCGCCGUCAAGGCGCUGCACACGCCGUGCCACACCCAGGAUAGCAUCUGCUGGUUCAUGCAGGACGGGGAGCAGAAGGUCGUGUUUACGGGUGACACGCUCUUCAUCAGCGGCUGCGGCAAGUUCUUCGAGGGCAACGCCGAUGAGAUGCACACGGCGCUGAAUAAGACGCUGGCCUCGCUGCCCGACGACACGGUCGUGUUUCCCGGCCACGAGUACACAAAGUCCAACGUCAAGUUUGCCGCGUCGGUGCUGCAGAACGAGGCGAUCCAGAAGCUGCAGGCCUUUGCGGAGAACAACAAGGAGACGCAGGGCAAGUUCACGAUCGGCGACGAGAAGAAACACAACGUCUUUAUGCGCGUCGAGGACCCCGAGAUUCAAAAGGUUACGGGGGAGAGCGAGCCCGUCUCCGUCAUGGCCAAGCUGCGGGAGAUGAAGAACAACUUCAAGUGAGUAAGUGGUAGUCCGCCUUCCGAGUCGAAAAUUUGAUACAUGGGAACGGGGGCGUUGGGGAGUCGGAAGUGGGCAGUAGAGCAACAGGUAUCAAGCGUCGGUAGCAUGAAUGUGUACAGAUAUAUUCGUGCAUCCCGGAUGCGGUGGUAGCGGCAACUGUCCACUGCACUACUUAAUCAAAUCAUUGAAAGCGUCACAUGCAUUUGUCACGAUGUCUCCCAAAAGGCCCUAAGCACCCCGACGACCAGAGUCGACGGGGCAAGAGUGUAGCCCUGGGAAGAGACGUCCGUCCUGCGGAGGCCCCCAUUUGUUUGAUCUUGCUUCACUGUCCACACGUGCUCGCUCUGGGUUGAUGAAAGCGGCAAGCUCUAGCAUUAUUUAGAAGCUGUGAAUUGUUUCGGUCUCCCCCCGGUUCUCUCUCUCAAAACCCGGUUUCUUGUACGAAAGGAGUCGGUCGAGACAUCCCGGUCCACUGGGAAGGGGAUGAUGCUCUUGGCGGUUGAUUGACAUGGUUGCCCGUCCAUGAUGCGUUCUCGACGCGUCGUGCGAGGCGGUCCGGGCCCGAGCCCGUGGAUUCGGGAGCGUCCAUGAUGUCCUUAUUGAGGAGCGUGGAGCUUCUGCGGGCAGCCGGAAACCGCGGGUUGCUGCUGGCGAAACAUCGCCGCAAUGUGACGAUGGGAAUAGGCACGGCACAGUCUCGCUGGGAUCCGGCUGAAGCUGAGCGCGCCUGCGCCGCCACGGGUGCGGUCGGGCAGGGUAGUCAAAAUGUUUCAGGGCCGUGGAAGUCUCGAAGACGUGGUGUGGUGUUGUGGUCAGCGUUUUCG